UUCUCAGGUGUCGACUUGGUCCAAAUCAAGGAUAUUCCCAAUGUGGUCGCUCUGACAGAGGACAUCACCACAGAGAGCGCGGACAGGCUCUGGAAGGAGCUCUUGACAUGGAAGAUGCACAUAGUCCAAAACGACGGAGCUCCAAAUGUUGGAGCCAACUGGGUGCAUGAUGCCUUCUCUCAUGCUCACCGGACCCUGAUGGCUCUGAAGCUGGCGUGUGACAUCCCGGCCAAAGGGGGCAUGUUUGCCACCAAGGUGUUCCGCUCCAAAGACUGCCAGCCGCUGCUGUGGAUCUUCCAGCAUUUCUUCAAGAAGGUGCGGGCCACCAAGCACCAGGCCUCCAGAAACGAGUCGGCUUGGACGGGACUUCUUUCCAUUUCAGGUUACCCGGCCUCAGACAAAAUCGACAACAAGUUCUUUGACCCCAAACCUGCCGUCAUGGAGGUGGAGGUCCAAGCCAAGGCUAUCAAAGACCUGGUGCCUGUGAUGAAACCCAAGGCGGAGGGAUACACAGAUGGUGAUCUGACCCUGUACCACACAUUCUCUACGACUGCCAACCUCAAGGCUGACAACACUGUGGAGUUCCUGAGCAAAGCCAACGAGGUGAUGAGGCGAGCGACGCAGAGGAGAUGAAGGACAAAAAGAAAAUUACGGUGGCUGAAAAGAAGGAAAAAGAGGCAGAGUUGGAGGAGGUAGAGAUGGAGCAGAAACUGGCCGAGCUGAAUGCGGAGAAGGUGGCAGAGCUGAGAGGACUAGCCUACCCGCACUGUAUCUGCGAGCUGUUGGCUGGAGCCAAGACCAAGGACAUAUUUUCUGAAUUGGAUCUGGAAGAAGAUGCAGAGAGCGAGCUACGGCAGACACAGCCAAGGGGAAGAAGAGAAAGGCCCAAGAGGAGCUCGGGACGGCCCAGCCGGAGGAGGAAGAGGUGGGGCCAUCAAAGGAAGCUGGGGCAGAGGGGGACAGCAACUCGGAUGAUGAUGACGACAGCAGCGACUCAGAUGACGAGAGGUCAGGGCUCAUGUUACAUGACUUAUUAAUGAAUAGACUUAGUUUAUUGUCCCAUUUGUCAGAUUUACUAAAUACCUAUCAACGACUUUGCAGGAUUCUGAUAGCAAACAGCUAGUUAAUGGAUUUGGCUAUUUCAGCCAUACCCGUUGCAAAAACAAAAAUCAAGCAUACAGCCAUGCAAUCUCCAUAGAC